AACCCAUUCUUUCGUUUUUUUAGCUCACUGGCCAUCCGCUGGCAGUUUCGGGCUUAAUACCGAUAUUUUAGCAACAAAUCUAAUAAAUCUAACUGUAGUGGUUGGUGUUUUGAUUUUUUUUGGAAAGGGAGUGUUAAAAGAUUUAUUAGAUAAUCGAAAACAGAGGAUCUUGAGUACUAUUCGAAAUUCAGAAGAAUUGCGUAGAGGGACCAUUGAGCAACUCGAAAAAGCUCGGAUUCGAUUACAGAAAGUCGAACUAGAAGCGGAUGAGUAUCGAAUGAAUGGAUACUCUGAGAUAGAACGAGAAAAAGCAAAUUUGAUUAAUGCUACUUCUAUUAGUUUGGAACAAUUGGAAAAGUCUAAAAACGAAACCCUUUAUUUUGAAAAACAAAGGGCAAUGAAUCAGGUCCGACAGCGGGUUUUCCAACAGGCCGUACAAGGAGCUCUAGGAACUCUGAAUAGUUGUUUGAAUACCGAGUUACAUUUCCGUACGAUUCGUGCUAAUAUUGGCAUUCUCGGGUCCCUGGAAUGGAAGAGAUAAUUAAAUUAAUUAGGCCUUGAACUUCUACUUUCGUUUAGAAUUUAGGCAUUAUUUUUCCCCUUGCUUCCGAAAAAAGAGUCAAGAAACACUAAUGGCAACCCUUCGAGUCGACGAAAUUCAUAAAAUUCUCCGCGAACGUAUUGAACAAUAUAAUAGGAAAGUAGGGAUUGAGAAUAUAGGUCGCGUAGUUCAAGUGGGGGAUGGGAUUGCUCGUAUUAUAGGUCUUGGUGAAAUAAUGUCAGGUGAAUUAGUCGAAUUUGCAGAAGGUACUAGGGGUAUUGCUCUGAAUUUGGAAUCCAAAAAUGUUGGGAUUGUAUUAAUGGGCGAUGGGUUGAUGAUACAAGAGGGAAGUUUUGUAAAAGCAACAGGAAGAAUUGCUCAGAUACCCGUGAGUGAGGCUUACUUGGGUCGUGUUGUAAAUGCUCUGGCUAAACCUAUUGAUGGGAAAGGCGAAAUUAUAGCUUCCGAAUCUCGCUUAAUUGAAUCUCCUGCUCCAAGUAUAAUUUCCAGGCGUUCCGUAUACGAACCUCUUCAAACAGGGCUUAUUGCUAUCGAUUCGAUGAUCCCUAUAGGGCGCGGUCAGCGAGAGUUAAUUAUUGGGGACAGACAGACUGGCAAAACAGCAGUAGCCACAGAUACAAUUCUCAAUCAAAAAGGGCAAGGUGUAAUAUGUGUUUAUGUAGCUAUCGGUCAAAGAGCAUCCUCCGUAGCUCAAGUAGUAACUACUUUCCAUGAGGAGGGGGCCAUGGAAUACACUAUUGUAGUAGCUGAAAUGGCGGAUUCACCUGCUACAUUACAAUACCUCGCUCCUUAUACGGGAGCAGCCCUGGCUGAGUAUUUUAUGUACCGCGAACGGCAUACUUUAAUAAUUUAUGAUGAUCUCUCCAAACAGGCACAAGCUUAUCGCCAAAUGUCCCUUCUAUUAAGAAGACCUCCCGGCCGUGAGGCUUAUCCAGGGGAUGUUUUUUAUUUGCAUUCACGCCUUUUAGAAAGAGCCGCUAAAUUAAAUUCUCUUUUAGGCGAAGGAAGUAUGACCGCUUUACCAAUAGUUGAGACUCAAUCUGGAGACGUUUCCGCCUAUAUUCCUACUAAUGUAAUCUCCAUUACAGAUGGACAAAUAUUCUUAUCUGCGGAUCUAUUCAAUGCCGGAAUUCGACCCGCUAUUAAUGUGGGUAUUUCUGUUUCCAGAGUAGGAUCCGCGGCUCAAAUUAAAGCCAUGAAACAAGUAGCUGGCAAAUCAAAAUUGGAACUAGCUCAAUUCGCAGAGUUACAAGCCUUUGCACAAUUCGCCUCUGCUCUCGAUAAAACAAGUCAGAAUCAAUUGGCAAGGGGUCGACGAUUAAGGGAAUUGCUUAAACAAUCCCAGGCAAAUCCUCUCCCAGUGGAAGAGCAGAUAGCUACUAUUUAUACCGGAACAAGAGGAUAUCUUGAUUCGUUAGAAAUUGAACAGGUAAAUAAAUUUCUGGAUGAGUUACGUAAACAUCUAAAAGAUACUAAACCUCAAUUCCAAGAAAUUAUAUCUUCUAGCAAGACAUUCACCGAGCAAGCGGAAAUCCUUUUGAAGGAAGCUAUUCAGGAACAGCUGGAACGGUUUUCUCUUCAGUAACAAAUAAAUUUUGCAUGUCUACUCUUGUUAGUAGAAUAGGAAUCGUUGAGAAAGAUUUUUCAUUUGAAUCAUGCAAAAAAGUUUUCUUUGUUUUUAGUUUAGUAUAGUUAUUUAAAGAAUAGAUAGAAAUAAGAUUGCGUCCAAUAGGAUUUGAACCUAUACCAAAGGUUUAGAAGACCUCUGUCCUAUCCAUUAGACAAUGGACGCUUUUCUUUCAUAUUUUAUUCUUUCUUUUAUUUUUUUUUCUUCUUCCGAGAAAAAACUGUUAGACCAAAACUCUUUUAGGAAAUCAAAAAAUCCAGAUACAAAUGCAUGAUGUAUAUAUUAUAUCAUGCAUAUAUCAUAAAGAAGGAGUAUGGAGCCGGUAGUGGGAAUCGAACCCGCAACCCCAAGGUUAUGAGCCUUAUGAGCUACCAAACUGCUCUAUACUCUUAAACUAAAGAGGG